GCCUGUGUAGUAGCGAGCGUCACCCAGUCCGGUUCUCCUCGCUUCUCCCGUGGUCCAGCGCUUCAGUCUAGUCCACUUCCGUUUUCCCUCUGGCCAGGCCACUGUCUGCUCCUGACUAUGCUUCUUCAGUUCUUGGUUUUCUGUCUCGCACUUCGCGGUCACCCCGACUCAACACCCUUGAGCCCCGGUUGGGCGCGAUCCCCCUCCCGCACACUGGAGGCUGUGGCAGCUGCACAGGCGCAGGCUCCUUGAUUCACUCCCAUUUAGUCUUCAAUGAAAUGCCCGUGUUUCCUAGGUGGCUCUGUAGUGCCACCUUCAAGGGUGAGCGCGAAUCUCUGCUGUGGGCCUGCGACGUGGUGGUUUGGAUGCGCGGAGAUGCGAGCUUUCUGCUACAGCAGAUCCUAGGCCAACCUGCAGCCUUGUCUUGCCUCCUCCCUCUCCUCUGUACUUGCUGCUGCCUCUCCUCCCGGUUCAUCCCCCAGGGCUUCAGAUUCUACCCUAAGGCUGGACUGGAGUGUUGCAGAUAGGGUUCUUCUUUGGGACUUUCCAAACUCGAAUAUUUUCAGUUUGAGAAGGAAAUAAAAAGUUCAUUCUAAUGCCUGUCAGGGAUUUUUUUUCCCCCUGGAUUUUUCUGUUUAGUAACCAGUCCGUUGACUCCAAAGGCGGUCUAGUCAGGUUCUUUCAAAGGCAAGAGUGAGCAUUUUGAAAUUUUAUGGCACAUGCAUAGCCAUAAAGUCAGUGGUAAAAAAAAAUCCGUAAAAACAAUAGGUAAUUUUUUUCAAACUGAAUUUACUUUGAAAGUCUGUAGUUGUUAAGUGAUCCAGGUUUACUUUUAAGAAAAGCGUUGUUAUUUUUGUAUAAAGCUAUCAGGUCAGAUAAUAUGAACCCAAUCCCAGACCCUGGUUUUGUAAAGUGACAGGUAUAUCCUCCGGAUCUGUGCUUCUGGAGAAACCUACACCUUUUAUAGCAGGGCAGACACUUCUGUGUAUACAUAGUUAUUUGUGGUUACUGUUAAAUCACAUUUUUUUUGGACAUUGUAGUUGUGACAACAUUGGUUCUGACUUACAAUGUAACCUGCAAUUGAUACCAGAUUGUUUUCAGUUUUCUUGUUAAAAGCAGAAGUAUCCGAUUUGGGAAGUUUUUGUAGAAAUGAGAUGAAUGUUUUAGAAGGAAUAGGUUUUAAUUAAGGUGUUUUGUGUCAGGUGGAUAUAUAUGUUAACCCAUCUUAGUUGACUGAUCUGGGUCUUUUCCUUGUGAAAGGGAGAACUUAGUUUAGAUGUUAUGGAUGCAGAAAUGCUUUAGAGUUAGGGUGGCCUUUGACAGGGAAGGAUCAGGUGAUAAGUGUUCUUUUAGAACCUUUUCCCUUUCCCCCAGUAGGUGUUAUUAAUGAGUGUGGUGAUUGUGUACCUAUGUGAUCCCAGUAGUCUCAAAUGUGUUGAAGUAUUAUGUGCCAAGAACCUUGCAAAGAAAGACUUCUUCAGACUCCCUGACCCCUUUGCUAAGAUUGUUGUGGACGGCUCUGGGCAGUGCCACUCAACCGACACUGUGAAAAACACAUUGGACCCAAAGUGGAACCAGCACUAUGAUCUAUACGUUGGGAAAACAGAUUCUAUAACCAUCAGCGUAUGGAACCACAAGAAAAUUCACAAGAAACAGGGAGCUGGCUUCCUGGGUUGCGUGCGGCUGCUCUCCAAUGCCAUCAGCAGAUUAAAAGAUACUGGCUACCAGCGUUUGGAUCUAUGCAAACUAAAUCCCUCAGAUACUGAUGCAGUUCGUGGCCAAAUAGUGGUCAGUUUACAGACACGAGACAGAAUAGGCACUGGAGGGUCGGUGGUGGACUGCAGAGGACUGUUAGAAAAUGAAGGAACCGUGUAUGAAGACUCGGGACCCGGGAGGCCGCUCAGCUGCUUCAUGGAGGAACCGGCCCCUUACUCGGAUGGUACUGGUGCUGCCGCAGGUGGAGGGAACUGCAGGUUUGCAGAGUCCCCAAGUCAAGAUCAAAGGCUUCAGGCACAACGACUUAGAAAUCCAGAAGUCCGAGGUUCACUACAGACGCCCCAGAACCGUCCACAUGGCCACCAGUCACCAGAACUGCCUGAAGGCUAUGAACAGAGAACGACAGUACAAGGACAAGUUUACUUUUUGCACACACAGACUGGAGUUAGCACAUGGCAUGACCCCCGGAUACCCAGAGACCUUAACAGUGUGAAUUGUGAUGAACUCGGACCACUGCCACCAGGUUGGGAAGUCAGAAGUACAGUUUCUGGGAGGAUAUAUUUUGUAGAUCAUAAUAACCGAACAACCCAGUUUACAGAUCCAAGGUUACACCACAUCAUGAAUCACCAGUGCCAACUAAAGGAGCCCAGCCAGCCACCGCCACUGCCCAGUGAAGGCUCUGUGGAGGAUGAGGAGCUUCCUGCCCAGAGAUAUGAAAGAGACCUAGUCCAGAAACUCAAAGUCCUCAGACACGAGCUGUCACUGCAGCAACCCCAGGCUGGCCAUUGUCGCAUUGAAGUUUCUAGAGAAGAAAUAUUUGAGGAGUCCUAUCGUCAGAUCAUGAAGAUGCGCCCCAAGGACCUGAAGAAGCGACUCAUGGUGAAGUUCCGUGGGGAGGAGGGCUUGGACUACGGUGGAGUGGCGCGGGAGUGGCUUUAUUUGUUGUGCCAUGAAAUGUUGAAUCCAUAUUAUGGACUCUUCCAGUAUUCCACGGACAAUAUUUACAUGUUGCAAAUCAACCCAGAUUCUUCAAUCAACCCUGACCAUCUGUCUUAUUUCCACUUUGUGGGUCGGAUCAUGGGUCUGGCUGUGUUCCAUGGACACUACAUAAAUGGGGGUUUCACAGUUCCCUUCUACAAGCAGCUUCUGGGGAAACCCAUCCAACUCUCUGACCUGGAGUCGGUGGACCCAGAACUGCACAAGAGCUUGGUGUGGAUUCUAGAGAACGACAUCACCCCCGUGCUGGACCACACCUUCUGCGUGGAGCAUAACGCUUUCGGGCGGAUUCUUCAGCACGAAUUGAAACCCAACGGCAGAAACGUGCCGGUCACGGAGGAGAACAAGAAGGAAUAUGUCCGGUUGUACGUGAACUGGAGGUUCAUGAGAGGGAUCGAGGCCCAGUUCUUGGCGCUCCAGAAGGGCUUUAAUGAACUCAUCCCUCAGCACUUACUCAAGCCCUUUGACCAGAAGGAACUAGAGUUGAUAAUAGGAGGCCUGGAUAAGAUCGACCUGAAUGACUGGAAGUCCAACACGCGGCUGAAGCACUGUGUGGCCGACAGCAACAUCGUCCGCUGGUUCUGGCAGGCAGUGGAGACCUUCGAUGAGGAGAGGAGGGCCAGGCUGCUGCAGUUCGUGACUGGCUCCACGCGAGUCCCUCUCCAGGGCUUCAAGGCUCUGCAAGGUUCUACAGGCGCGGCAGGGCCCCGGCUGUUCACCAUCCACCUGAUCGAUGCAAACACGGACAACUUGCCCAAGGCCCACACUUGCUUUAACCGAAUCGAUAUCCCACCGUAUGAGUCUUAUGAAAAACUCUACGAGAAACUGCUGACCGCGGUGGAGGAGACCUGUGGGUUUGCUGUGGAGUGAAGAGCAUCCCGAGGCAGCAGAGUCUCGCUCAUGACCACCAGACCAAAAGCAUAUGGCUUCCGUGUGCCUCCUGCAAGGCUGGCUGAGGCCUGGAGUCCUGGACAACCUGAGGGAAAAGGCUUGUCCCCCUCCUUCUUGUUGGCAGAGGGAGGGGGCAGGGGACUUUCGUAGGUGGCUCUCACCAUAUAUUCCUCCUUUAUUAUCGUCCUCCCCCCCCAUCACCCAUCCAAUAAAACAGCCAGGUUUUGCCCGUGCCUCGGUGACACAUGGCGAAAAGGCUCAUGGCCCUGUGCUCUUUACAAGAGCACGGACCCCAGCCAGGGGCUGGGCUGGGUCCAUGGAGGGUCUGCCUGGUAGUGCUACCAGCUUGUCCCUCUCAUGCAGCCUCCAGGCCCCUUUCAAGUUCAGCAGUUGCCGGAUACCCAACCAGAGCUCAGAUCCCAAAUUUCACAUCCCAGCGGCCUGUUCUGCGUAGCAGAUGAUUUCCUACCUGAAAAAUAACUGUACAGUGUAUGCUUCUAGGGAGUCUGUCAUGGCAGGAAACUUGAAUCGUUAUGUGUUUUCCUUUUGAAAGUAAAGGAAUCCGAGCAGUUUUCACUGAGGCCCAGGGUUUUAUUCAGGGUAUCCUGGCUGAAAAGUCUGUUUUGCACAGAGAAAAAAACUGUUUUUCUUUUCAAGAGUCCCUUUUGCUGCAUCCUCUAUCCUGUCUGAAAUUCUUUCUGGUGAAAACCCCUCAUAACAGAGCUUAGUAAAGAACAGACCAAAAUCAGCCUCAGAUCCAGCCGCUGGGUCCAGAGCUGACUCCGUCCUGUGCCUGGUUGUGCGUGGAGAGGCGUCACUGUGUCUCCUGAAAUGUUAACAGACUUUCAUGUGGUAAUUGCUAAGAGCUAAACUAACAAAAGAAUCCUGUUACCAGAGCUGCUGGCCCGGUGCAGACUAGCUGAAAAUGGAGAGGGAACGGUGGCCUUGCUGGACCAGGGCCUCAGAGUUAGUGCCGUGCUGGGAGGAGGGCGUGGGUGUGCGCCUGUUCCGGCAGGUGGGUGCAACUCCACGCAAACUGGUUGGCCUUUUCCUCCGUGGCCGUGGUGACACUAGCAAUUGCACUUGAUUCUCCUGCCCACGUGUCUCGACGUGAUGACAAGGCCCAAGCCAGCCCAGACUCGAGGCUUCCAACACCAUUUCCUAUUUGCACAAAAGUUCUAGCAGAGUUUGAUUUCAGCACAGUGGCCUCAUUUCAGAUGGCUCGGCUUCUGUGGAAGACCGCAGCAGCAGCCCAUUUUCCUAUGUGUCUCUGUGGCUAUUGCUCUGGUUUGGGGGCGGGCGGGGGCAAGUACAGGGUAAUUCAUUAGCAAGACAUUUCACUGCUGUUGAAAUGGGAGUUCAGCGCUGGGCUCCAGCUGUGGUCUGCGGUGGAGCAGGUUGGAGCUCGUGGGCACUCACUGUUCUGUUUCUGUUCCCCUUGGACUGGUGGGUGUGGAGGAAGGUGUAGCCCCCCAUAGCCCGCCCUGAUUCCUUUGCUCAUCCUGGAAGCAGCCUGGUUCCAUGUGGGGAACAUGUGGACUUCUUAGGUCACAGACCCGUCCAUCCCAAGAGGUUUUCCCAGUUCCGCAGCCGCACUUUGGCCUCCUGAGGUUCUGGGACAGAAAGGACACCUGGUGGGAUUCUCUGCAGAAGGGAAGUUGAAUCCGUGCAAACGUCCAGGCCAACUUGUGGCCUUAGUCUUUCAAUUUUCUGCCUUGCCCCAGUAGGGCUCACCCUGUGUCUCAUUCACCCCAAUGCUUUUGAGGGCAUUUUAGAAACUGGUUCCAAGAUGACGCCACCCCGUCUUCCCUUUCAGUAUUCCUCUGAACAGGGAAGUGAAACAACAGGCCCCCCCAGAAAGACCUGAUCUGUGACCUGAGCCCAGAUUCUGGGAGGUGGACAGAUGUGCAGAGUUCAAGGGACACUCCAGAGGGAAGCAGGGUCUGUGGUGUGAGUACAUGCAGCAGGAACUUGGCCUUCGAACUACCUUCUUGCUGUUAGGAAGAGCAGGGGUGAUCCGUAGAUACUGCAGCCCUGUGCCAUUCAAGUUGGUGUCCCUGUGGCCACCAUCCAGAGCUGCCCGAGUUCCUGUCCCCUGGGGCUUCUGUUUGGCUUUGCCACUUGCACGUGUGUGGGGGUUUGUCUCAGCCCUUGGCGCUAUCAUCAGCCGCGUCAGACCUCCCAGAGCUCUGCUCUGUCCAAGCCUGUUGGUGGCAUUUGCCCUUCUAGAAUCGGAACUGUCUACCAUGGCCUGGUCCUCUGAACCACCCCAAAGGACAGUGUGACAAGCUCCUGGUUGCCCCACUUAGGGUCUGUGUGAAGCCCUUGUAUGUGUGACUCGUCUGUCAUCCCUCCCGGUAGUCCCAGGCGACCCACCUUUCCCCCCUUGCCUCUCACCUCCUUGCCCAGACGCUUCAGGGGCCCAACUUUCCAGGCUCGCCCUCACCAGCGGCCGUCAGCCGACACUCAGGGAUGUAGCGAACCACCACUCUGCAGCGCUGUGGGCAGGGGAGCAGGCAGCCGUGCGCAGCCUGAGGCGACAGGGCGACAGCAGGGCGCCCUCUUGAUUUCUGAAAGGAAAAUCUGCCACUAGAUCGAUUUUGACCCCUAAGCUGGCUCAGCUGCAUGGGCCAAAUUCAGGUGAGGUGGCCUCAACUCUGAGACGUCAGGAAUGGCCUUCUGCAGAGAACACGCCCCGGCCCAGCCACCUGCAGCAGGUGUGUGCCACAUGGCAGCCUUCCCGAACAUAGUAUGGAUUUUUAAAAUUUGUUUAUUUUUGUUUCUGAACCACUUUAUAAUGUAUUUUUAAUUUAUUUUGUAAUGUCUUGUUUUUAAGUAUUGCUGCUAUCCUUGUUACUCUUCCCACUGUUUUUAUUGCUGAUUUAUUUUGUGAAAGUUGUACACUAAUGUUCUGUUUUAUGUCAAAAUCAAAAGUAUUUAAAAGAAAUACUAGUUCUAUUUAAUGUGGGUAUGGAACCAGCUGGAAGCAAACAGCGAUCACACAGCAGGCUGGCCCCGGGAGGUUCAUUUUGUUACAUAUGCAAUAAACUCACGACUUUACAGUU